AGAAACUGAUAAAUUUGAUAUGAAGAACGUCUGAAGACGAGUUCUUCCAUUAGACGAAGAUGGCUCUUCUCUGCUUCAAUUCUCUCCCUUCUCUCUCUUCUCUUUCUUCUUCUUCUUCGCCGCGCCUUCUUCAACCUUCGUCUUUCGCUUCACCAGUUUUGAGCCUUAAACCCAACGCUGUCGAGUCCAAGAACCGAGUCUCUCUCAGUGCUUACAACUUGAGCAGUAGCCAUGGAAGAGCUGCAGCAAUUGUGGUGAAGGCGUCUGCUUCUGGCGUUGACGGGGCUGAGCCUGAGAGCAGUGAGGAACCAAAGACUGUUGUUGCUUCUGUUCCUGUGGAUAAACUACCAUUGGAAUCUAAAGAAGCUAAAGAGAAACUGCUCUUGGAACUGAGGCUGAAGAUGAAACUGGCCAAGAAGGUGAGGCUACGUAGGAAACGUUUGGUUCGUAAGCGUAGGAUGAGGAAGAAGGGUCGAUGGCCACCUUCGAAGAUGAAGAAAAACAAGAAUGUCUAAGUGACUGAACUGUUUGCUGUUCUUCUUAUUCGUUUUUUUUGUAAUGUUGUUUUCGGUGUUCAAGGACCAUUAAUGUAUUUCAAAUGCAACCAUUGUUUUUGGAUUUAA